CGUCACUAACUCUGACAGCUGCACGCAGCUGGACGCAGCUGUCCGCGCGCUCCCAUCCAUCUAUCCCAGACGCGCCCCCGCUCCCCGGUCACAGCCGCUGCCCAGGGGCUUGAAGCCACCAAUUAGAACAGCUGGACCGAGGGAUGCGCACUUAAUUAACUCCAUCUUUUUGUUUUUAUCGUCCUUGAAGCCCCCCUUGUGCUCUGUCACGAUUCCCCUCCAGAGAGGCUCCACGGAUUUACUGUCGUCCAUUAGUCCCCGACCCUGCGCGGAGGAAGUGGUCGGUGGUCUUUCUGGUGACCGCCGUCGCGAUGGUUUUGCUGGCUCUGGCCGUCGCUGUCCCCUUACUGCUGCUGCGCAACUCCGAGACCUCCGCUCAUUACUACGAGAUGAUGGGCACCUGUCGGAUGGUCUGCGACCCGUAUACCCCGAAACCGGGAGGUGCCACCGCCAUGGAGGUGAUCCAGAACGUGAACGGUGUCGCUCCGCAGCCGCCGAUGGCACAAGGGAGUCGCGGGGAGCCAGGGCGACCGGGUAAACCGGGACCCAGAGGCCCGCCGGGAGAACCAGGACCCCCGGGUCCGAGGGGGCCACCGGGAGAGCGCGGCAGCGGUAAACUCUCCUUCCCCGCGUUAACCGGAGCUGCUGAGAACGGAGAAACGGAGGGUGCGAACUCCACGGGCAGCAGUUUCAGGAUCGCUUUUUAUGUGGGUCUGAAGAACCCACAUGAGGGAUAUGAGGUGUUAAAGUUUGACGACGUGAUUACAAACUUGGGGAACCACUACGACCCGAGCACCGGCAAGUUCACCUGCCAUGUGUCCGGGAUCUAUUUCUUCACCUACCACGUCCUGAUGCGGGGAGGAGACGGGACCAGCAUGUGGGCCGACCUGUGCAAAAACGGACAGGUCCGGGCCAGUGCCAUAGCUCAGGAUGCAGACCAGAACUACGACUAUGCCAGCAACAGUGCUGUGCUGCACUUGGACUCUGGAGACGAGGUCUACGUCAAACUGGACGGCGGUAAAGCUCACGGAGGCAACAACAACAAGUACAGCACCUUCUCCGGCUUCAUCUUAUACCCAGACUAAACACACCACAGCAGGUCCAUGGACAGUAAUCAUCACUGAAAAUUGUUUCCAGUAAAGUAUAUGGUCUAAUAUAUUUCUCUUUUGAAGAUAGGUGCCACACUGCAACUGUAUGUUCUGUUUGUUCAGUGAGACAUCUUUUUAUUUGUAUUUGAUUUAACUGAAGUUCAGCUGGCGGCUGCUGUCAUCAGUGAAUAUAUAACAUCAGUGACAUGUAACAUGUAAUUUAAGUUUCUUUGAAUUAAAGUGAAGACUUACUGGCUGCUUACAGGCUUAGAGGUACAGUACACUAUGUAAUAUUUUGAAACAAAUGCAUGAAAGUCAAGAUAUUGAAUGAAGUCAGAUAAGCAGUUUUGAGAGUAUGAAUUAGCCAGCAGUGUUUGGCCGUAGGGCCUGGUCACACCAGUGAUGAAAACAGUUCAAUUUUAUGGCAAAAUGCAUUGAUUUCAACAGAACUGGCACAUUCACUGUGUUGAUUGUGUUUAACUGCACAAAUCUUACACAUCAAACUUUUUCAUAUUUUGAUGAACUUUAAGCUACAAAUUUGCGACCAAAAUGGAGGAAGCUAACGUAGCUUAGUAGCUGUUAUAUUUAACCUCUGUUGAAGUAUACACUGCUCUACAAGAGCAGGGAUGGUUUGUCAAUAGAUAGUAUAAUAAUAUAUAACGAGGCAAGUCAAUGGUAAAGACAUUCUUUUGAAUAAACUGUGAUUAUGUCCAUUAGCGACUAAGCUAACAAGCUUAUAACUGAUUAUUAGCAAGCUAGCUAGCUUGGAAAGCUGUCCCAGGGGAGAAACUAUUGUAACUGACUAGUGCUAGCAUGUUGGUGGCUGAUUAGCUUGACAGCAGUAAGCACACCAUUUUCUAUAGUUUACAAACUAACCCUGUGAGUGUUUCUUUAUCACCAAACCUUCAGAAUCAAAUUCUGGAUUACUUUCACUGUUCCACUUUCUGGUGUGACCAGGCCUUUACUGUUCUAACUACAAUACUGAUGCGUCUAAGCCAUAUGAGAUUAAAAGCCCAGUCUCCAAUUUUAUUUCUGAUUCUUCCCCAAAAGUAUGCACAUCAUCAAUAUUGAUUGCAAAAUGAGAGCAACAACACACAAAGUACAUCCUUCUCCACACAAUUCAACUGUCAUGCACCUUAACUGGAUGGGUUGCACCUGUUUUAGGACAUAUGAUGAGGUCAGUGGAAAGUGCUAAAGCUGAUGGACGUCACAUUGUAAAUGCAUUAGGUGAGAUACAAAAUGUUCUAAGUACUCUGAAUGCUAUAGCAGGCAGAAUUGUGGUGCUUUCAGUAGUAUCAGUCAGUGUUUUACAAAAUAACCCAAACAGCAAAUCAAACAUACAAAUAAAUGUCUUCAAUUAAUACUGAAUCUGUUAUAUUUUGUUCUCAUAUAUGCCAAUAAAUAUUGUUUG